AUGGAGGCGGCGGCCGGGGCUGGGCGGCGGGCGCAGGGCCCCGGGGUGCUGCCGGCGCGGGCAGUGAGCGCAGCCUGCGCCGGGCGCCCCGCGCUCGCCAUGGAGGAUCGCUCCAACAAGCUGCUGCUGGCCCUGGUGAUGCUCUUCCUCUUCGCCGUGCUGGUGCUGCAGUACGUGUGCCCAGGCCCCGAGUGCCAGCUGCUCCGGCUGCACGCCUUCAGCCCCUCGCUGGCAGACCCCUACCGGGCGGAGGACGAGACCCCGGCCCGCUUCGUGCCCCGCUUCAACUUCUCCGGGCGCGACCUGCUGCGGCGGGUGGAUUUCAACAUCAAGGGCGACGACCUGAUCGUCUUCCUGCACAUCCAGAAGACGGGCGGCACCACCUUCGGCCGGCACCUGGUGCGCAACAUCCAGCUGGAGCAGCCCUGCGAGUGCAAAGCCGGCCAGAAGAAAUGCACCUGCCACCGGCCGGGCAAGCGGGAGACCUGGCUCUUCUCCCGCUUCUCCACCGGCUGGAGCUGUGGAUUGCACGCCGACUGGACCGAGCUCACCAACUGCGUCCCGGCCGUGGUGGACAGCAAGAGAGAAGUCAAGCGCAGACCAUCCAGGAACUUUUACUAUAUUACAAUCCUGCGCGACCCUGUGUCCCGAUAUUUGAGUGAAUGGAGACAUGUCCAGAGAGGAGCAACGUGGAAGGCUUCCUUACACGUGUGUGAUGGAAGAUCUCCAACUACUGAAGAGUUACCCAGUUGUUACACAGGGGACGACUGGUCAGGCUGUUCCCUUAAGGAAUUUAUGGAUUGUCCGUACAAUCUAGCCAAUAAUCGGCAGGUCCGCAUGCUGUCUGACCUAAGCUUGGUUGGAUGUUACAACUUGUCUGUCAUGCCAGAAGAGCAAAGAAAUAAGGUUCUUCUAGACAGUGCAAAAGAGAACCUGAAACGUAUGGCUUUCUUUGGCCUUACGGAGUUUCAAAGGAAGACUCAGUAUCUGUUUGAAAAAACUUUUAACAUGAACUUCAUCGCGCCGUUCACACAGUACAAUAGCACAAGGGCCUCUAGUGUGGAAAUAGACGAGCAGACUCAAAAACACAUCGAGACCCUCAAUUUUUUAGACAUGGAGUUGUAUGAUUAUGCAAAAGACCUUUUUUUGCAAAGGUAUCAGUACAUGCGACAGAAAGAACACCAAGAAGCCAGGCGGAAGCGCCAAGAGCAACGGAAGAUCCUGAAGGCAAAACAAGCCCACAAUAAAGAACAGAGUGAUGAUAAUUCAACUACUGAUUACAUAGGGAAUGUGGAACGGUGGCGAUAA